UAACAUUAAAUACAGCUUCCUACUGGUUCUAUCCUUGAAAAGCAUAAAUGGCCGUGUUGUGGUAACAAUGGCUGAUGAUAUUUGUAAGGAUAGGGCUGGAAAUAAUUUCACAAGAAGCAAUUCUUCCACCUUAAUCAUUCACUUCGACAGAAGGCCUGUGCUGGUUGAUCUUUUGUCAUCUGUUCCAUCAUACGAGUUGUCGAUCAAUGGGGUUCCUCGAACAGUUUUCGCAACUAACAGAACGGACAAGCUGAAGGUGUACUUGGAUUUCAGCAUUCCAGUCAUAAAUUCAACAGAGCAGAUCCUAAAUGCGUUAGAUGUGAACUUUGGUAGUCUAAUACCUGUUAACCAGAGAACUCAUGGAAACAGCCGAUUUGCAUUUAGUCUCAAGAACAUUGCACCAAAAACUCAAAUAAUCACAGUUAAACUACAAGUUGGUUUGCUGAUUGGCAGAACGGGCACUCCUGUCUCAACUGUUAACUCGCUUACAUUCCUCUAUGAUUGCAAGAAGCCUGGGAUCGGGUUAAGUACGAGUUCAGAAAAUGUUACUAAGGAGUCCAAUAUCAAUGUAGUAGUUGAGUUUACAAAGCUGAUUUUCGGUUUCGAGGCCUCCAUGAUAGAAGUGAAUGGAGGGAGACUCAUAAGGCAGGUUUAAGGAACUUUCAAGAGCUCUUUACUCCUUGACUGUCAUGGCAAUAGCUAAUAAUAUGGUGUCAGUUUCUAU